ACCAAAAAAUUUGCGGAUUGAUUUUUGUCCUAAAAAUGAGUCAAGGAAAAUGUUUAGUGUGUUUUUCUAAUACAAAAGUGAUAAAUAUUAAAUCUACUCACUUGCAAAAUGUGUACGAACAGUUAUCAGGCAAUGCGAUACAAGCCGAAUCGCACCUACUGUGCUACAUUUGUUAUGCAAAGCUACAUCAGUGUGAACAGCUGUUGAAGCAAAUACAGAAACAUGAUAAUGAAAAUCAGGCUCAAGUGGACCAACUUGUGCAUCUUGAUAUCUUCAACACUAACAGGUGGUCGCUGCCCGAUGAAACGGAAGAGAUAGAAGUAUGUCCGGACAUUUGGAAAGAAUUAGUAAAAGAUGAACAUGGUGGGAAUUGUUCGGAGCCGCGUCAGAAUGAGACAAUAUUUAGGAUGGAACAUUUCCUUACAGAGAGAUCAGAGUUCAUGGAUCCUAGUCAUUAUGAUGAGACGACUGGAGAACUAAUCGAACACCAGCAAUCAUCCACGGAGCCGGAUAGACCGUAUCACUGCGAAGUCUGCAACAAACGGUUCACCCAAGUCUGCCACCUCAAACGGCACAGAAUCACACACCUAGGCUUCAAACCGUACAACUGUUACAUAUGCGGAAAAAACUUCAGCAGAUUAGACUGUUUGAGAACUCACAUACUGUUGCACUCAAACGAGAGGCCGUACGCUUGUGACGUGUGUGGCAAAACGUUCCCAACGCUCGACUACCUGAGGUCACACAAAAGGAUACACAGUGAACACCGAAGCUUCGCCUGUGACGUCUGUCAGAAAAUAUUCUCUCACAUCAAGUCUUUUCAACGUCACAAGCAUUCCCACACCAACGGUAAAGCCUACAUAUGUGAUGUCUGCGACAAGAGUUUCACACAAUUCAGCCAUUUAAAAACUCACAAGUUGAUCCACAACGGUGACAGACCGUACGGCUGUGACAUAUGUGUGAAGAGAUUCACUCAACUCAGCACACUCAAGCGACACAAACUCACACAUACGGGUGGAAAGUUGUUCAUAUGUGACAUAUGUAAUAAAACGUUCACUAUGAUGGCCAACCUCAAAACUCAUAAGCUCCUUCACACCGGUGAUAAACCAUACACCUGUGAUAUAUGUCAGAAGAAGUUUACACAGUGCGGCAACCUAAAGACUCAUAAGUUAACACAUACGGGUGAUAAACCGUACAGCUGUGAUGUUUGUGGUAAAAAGUUCACGAGGUACAGGAGUGUGAAGCAACAUAAGUUGCACUGUGGACCGUCGGCGUCUCUCCUACCGGAUAUUGAACCUGUGAAGGAAGUUGAAGCCGUGCACAUUAAGAUGGAACCGUGUGACAUGGAGGAGGAGCUAGAGUAACGUCUCGGGUAUUGUUGCAUGUUGGAUCUUAAGCCCCAAUUUCACCAACGACUGUUAAAGUUAACGCCGG